AUGCCUCCCCCCGGUGUGUGUCUGAACAUCAUUGAGGCUCGUCAGUACCAAGACGGCUAUGGCAGCAUCGGCAACCCCGACCGGUUUUUGGGCCAAGACUACCAGAUGUUGAAACAGUACUGCAUCAACAAAGGCCUGCGGUACCUGGAUGAAACCUUCCCUCCCGACAGGAGCUCCAUCGGUCAGGGGAUCCUCAAGCCAUCUGACAUGGCCCGGGUGGAGUGGCUGAGACCAGUGAAAAUCAGCCAUGAGCCAUUUUUUGUGCGAGAUGGAAUCUCCAGGUUUGACUUUGGUCAAGGAAUACUUGGAGACUGCUGGUUUCUUGCGUCUAUUGGAGCUUUGACUUUUCAGAAAUCCAUCUUUGCCCAAGUUGUUCCUCUUGAGCAAAACUUUAAUGAGAACUACUGUGGAAUCUUUCAUUUCCGGUUUUGGAGAUUCGGGAAGUGGGUGGACGUUGUGAUUGACGACAAGCUGCCAACAGUCAAUGGCAGACUCAUCUUUGUUCAAUCCAAAGACCCAAAUGAAUUCUGGCCCGCCCUGCUGCAGAAAGCCUAUGCCAAGGUUUGUGGCUCAUACACUGACAUGGAUGCUGGGACUCCUGCUGAGGCCAUGAUGGACUUCACUGGUGGUGUCCACAUGCGUGUUGUUCUCUCCAAUCCCCCCCAUAACCUGUGGCAGCUAAUGGUUAAUGCUGGUCAAUGCAAAACGCUUAUGGCUUCCGGCACAGCUUCAGGUCAACAGCCUAUAAACACGACACUUCCCAAUGGAUUGGUCUGUGGCCACGCCUACACAGUGACAGGAGUCAAACAGCUGAGGAGCCGUGGGAACCUUGUAAACCUUGUGCGCUUGUGGAACCCAUGGGGCAAAGGAGAGUGGAACGGGGACUGGAGUGAUCGGUCCCCUCUGUGGCAAACUGUGAGCCCUCAAGACCGUGACACAUGUCUAUCAGUGGCCGAUGAUGGAGAGUUUUGGAUGACCAUUGAAGACUUCUGUCGGCAUUAUGCUGACCUUGACAUCUGUGGACUGAACCCCGACUUCCUCGAUGGAAGUCCUUCGUCUAAAUGGAAUUCGUCCAUGUUUGAGGGUCGCUGGGUUGCGGGGACGACUGCUGGAGGCUGCAUGAACCACAGAGGCAGCUUCUGGACCAACCCCCAAUAUCGAGUCAAAAUUAGCGGUCAACAUUCAUUUGAGGACGGUGAGAAAGACAUCCUGCUUUUUCUCAUGCAAAAGCCUGACAAGAAGAAAAGACACCUGGUGCAAAAUUUCCACAUUGGAUUCUCAAUCUUUGCGGUGACCCCACAAUAUGUGGCACAGAAGGGGAAGUUCCCAGCCUCGUUCUUCACCAGCCACGCUCCAAUCGCCCAAUCCAAAACCUUCACGAAUGCCCGUGAUAUCACGGAGUUCCUCACGGUGAAGCCUGGUGAAUACCUGAUUGUGCCGUCCACCUUCGAACCCAACCAGACGUCCUCCUUCAUCAUGAUCAUCCAUUCCAAGACAGAGAUCGACUGCUAUGACAAUUCUGGUGACCAUCAAUAUGAACCACUUGAAAGGCCCAAGCAGAAAAAGAACGACCAGGAAGACAAAGACAGGAAAACGCUUUUCCGUGAACACUCAGACAAGUAUCGGGAAGUGGAUGCUGAGCAACUACAGAGCAUUCUCAAUGGAAAACUCCUGAAAGGAGACCUUAAAUCCGGAGGGUUCAGCAUUGACGCCUGUCGCAGCAUGGUUGCACUGAUGGAUACUUCGAUCACAGGCAGGCUGAACAGCCAGGAGUUUGCUCAUCUAUGGGACAAAGUUAUCAUGUACAAGGACGUUUUCUAUCUCACUGAUGUUUCGCGAACAGGAACGCUGUCACUGAGUGAGCUGAGGAAUGCAUUGGCAGCUUCAGGAAUGACGGUCAGUGACAACAUGCUGAAUGUGAUGGCUCUGCGCUACGGCGCCUCCUCUGGACACAUGACUCUGGAGAGUUUCAUCAGUCUGUUCAUUCGCUUGGACUGCAUGCAGCAAAUCUUCAAACAGUUGUCUGACGGAAAAACCAUGACUCUUCAAGAGUUUGAGUGGAUGUCCAUUUCAAUGUACACUUAACGACUCGUCUUCGAUGCUGGGCUUCCACUUCCCCCGAAUCUACUGGAGAACAUUUUUUAAAAAGAAGCCUUUUCUCCUCAGGUGUGAAAUCGCACAAUGUGCAACUUUCUAUUAGUAGAAAAGUAAUAAAAAUAUCUUUUGUAUUUCGUUCUUAAUAAAACACAA